AUGGCUUCCAAACAAAACAGUCAUAGUGUUCUGAUGCUACCAUGGUUAGCUCAUGGCCACAUAUCACCAUUCUUGGAGCUAGCCAAGAGACUUGCAGAGAGAAAUUUCCACGUCUAUCUUUGCUCCACACCCAUCAAUUUAAAACCUAUCAGAAAAACCUUUCUUUCCGGCCAACUCUUUCCUUCAAUACAACUCAUAGAUAUACACCUUCCUUCCUCCCCAGAACUCCCUUCUCACUUCCACACCACCAAAGACCUCCCACCCCACCUCAUGUCCGACCUCAAAACUGCCUUUGACGCGGCCAAACCUGACUUUUGUAACAUCCUCAGAACAUUCAAACCAAAUUUAAUCAUCUAUGAUUUCUUACAGCCAUGGGCACCCGAAGUGGCUCGUGAAGAAAACAUUGAUGCAGUUCUUUUCUUAACUUUUGGUGCGUCGACUUGUGCUUUUCUCAAUCAUUUCUUUGAGAAUCCUGCUUUGGAAUAUCCUUUUCCGGCAUUCCAGUUCCCUGGAAUGGAGCGCCAGAAAAUUAUUGGGUUUAUGUAUGAAAUCUCAAAUGGUGUCUCAAGCAAGGAAAGGUACCUAGGAUGCUUGGCAAGUUCUUCGAGCAUCGUGUUGAUUAAGACAUCGAUAGAAAUUGAGGAAAAGUAUAUCGAUUAUUUGUCAGUUUUGACGGGAAAGGAGAUGGUUACUGUGGGGCCUCUUCUUCAGGACCCUACAAACAAAGAUGAAGACACAGUUAUCAUGGAGUGGCUGAGCAAACAAGAGGCUUCUUCAGUUGUGUUUGUCUCUUUUGGAAGUGAGUAUUUUCUUUCAAAGGAAGAGAUAAAAGAGAUAGCUUAUGGAUUAGAGCUCAGCAAGGUGAGUUUCAUAUGGGUUGUAAGGUUUCAUGGAGGAGAGAGCAUUAGAUUAGAUGAAGCCUUACCAGAAGGCUUCCAAGAAAGGGUUGGAAAGAGAGGCAUGCUCCUAGAAGGGUGGGCCCCACAGGCAAAGAUACUAGGACAUACUGGCAUAGGUGGCUUUGUGAGUCACUGUGGGUGGAGUUCAACACUGGAGGGAGUGAUGUUUGGUGUUCCAAUCAUAGCCAUGCCUAUGCAUUUAGACCAGCCCUUGAAUGCCAAGUUGGUAGUGGAGAUUGGCGUAGGCAUGGAGGUGAAGAAAGAAAAUGGAAGGUUCAACAGGGAGGAGGUGGCAAAGGAUAUUCAAAGUCAAGCCAGCCAAACCAAGAGGAUUUCAACAAAAGCUGUCAGCAAAACCUAA